AUGUCGUCUGAUGGAGAAACACGGCGAGAACGAUCACAUUUAGUGGGGUUGCUGGUCCAGGCGAUGGAUUUACGGAAGAAAUACAUGCGUGUGAGUCUACAGAAUAAGAAGUGGCAGAAGUACGUGCCGGAAGAAGAAAUUAGAGCUGGUCUUGGCGGGGAUGGAAUGUAUAAACUAGAAAAAGAUAGUAUGGUAAUUCCAAGUGCUGAGGAGUUCUACCAUGACAUGGAAUACUUGAACAGAAUCACACACUAUGGACCUUUAAAGAGCUACUGCUUUCAGCGAUUAGAACACUUAGAGUUGCAGUUCAAAUUACAUCAUAAUACAUCCUCGGCUAAAGAGAAGAAGGAACAGAAAACGGCAUCUUCUAAGGACAUUUACACAGUCGUUAAGGCUGACACACAUAUUCAUCACUCGGCAAGUAUGAAUUCAAAGAAGCUCCUCCAAUUCAUUAAGAAGAAGCUGCGUGAAGAACCUAAUGAGGUGGUUUACAAGGAUGGCGAGGAGCAAACACUGCAGAAUAUCUUCCAAAGGAUUAAUAAGACUCCAGACACCUUGUGCUUAGAUAGUUUAGAUACGCACUCAAACAUUGAUACGUUUCAUCGGUUCGACCGGUUUAAUUCGAAAUACAAUCCGUAUGGCGUGCCCUUGUUAAGAGAAGUCUUCCUAAAGCAUGAUAAUUAUAUUGGUGGUAAGUACUUGGCUGAGAUAACUAAAGAGUUGAUUGAGGAGAUUGAAGAGAAAGAAUACUUAAAGUGCGAGUGGGGUAUAUCUAUUUAUGGGAAGAAGCCAGAUGAGGCUAGAAUUCUUUCCGAUUGGAUCAAAAGGUUUGACAUCCACAGCCCAAGCAUUCGCUGGUACAUUCAAGUUCCGCGGCUUUACGGUCUCUUUAAAGGAUACGGCCAGAUAAAGAGUUUCCAAGAGUUCUUGUCAAAUAUCUUUGGGUCCUUACUGGAGGUUUCGCAGGACCAAGCUAAGAAUUCCAUUGGGACUUUCUUGCUAGAUGUGGUUGGUUUUGAUUCAGUCGAUGAUGAAAGCGUGAAGAAUAAGCGCAGUGAGUUGGAGAAAGAACCGCCCGCCAAAUGGAAACACAAAGACAAUCCGCCGUAUACCUAUUAUAUGUACCACAUGUUCUACCAUGUUGCCAUGCUCAACCGCAUAAGGGCAGCUCGGGGACUAAACAUCUUUAGCUUCCGACCCCACGCAGGAGAAAGUGGUGAAACUGAGCACUUAGCAGCGGCCUUUUUGCUUAGCCGGAGCAUCGCCCAUGGAGUGAAGCUGCGCAAGGCACCUGUCCUGCAGUACUUGUACUACUUGGCACAGGUAGGCAUAGCAAUGUCUCCUUUAAGUAACAACUCCCUCUUUAUUGAAUACAGGAAGAACCCUUUCCCGCAAUUCUUCUAUCGGGGCCUCAAUGUUUCACUAUCAACUGAUGACCCCUUGCAAUUCCACUAUACCCGUGAGCCACUGAUGGAGGAGUAUAGUAUUGCGGCCCAAAUUUGGAAGCUUUCUUCCUGUGACCAGUGUGAAAUUGCCCGAAAUAGUGUUUUGAUUAGCAGCUUUCCUGACAAGGACAAGGAGGAAUGGCUGGGUCAGUAUGCCAUAGAAGGCCGGCUAGUUAAUGACCCGAAAAAGACAAACAUUCCCCCAACCCGCUUCCGGUAUCGAGCAGAGCAGCUCACUAAGGAGUACCACCUACUCCACCGCCAUAUUGGCUCGCGGCACAACUAA